GUUUCAAUACAAAAAGUCGAUUCAGUGCGCCGUCACACAUCGCUGUGUUGAGAUCAAGAUUGGGAACAUGUCGCUGUUAGUGUCGCGCCUUUUAUUGCUUACAGUUACGAUCUGUGCGCUUGCAACUGAUUAUACGCAGGCCCAACAGCAGCAGCAGCAGCAAGCCAGCUUUCAAACAACGCACUGGGAUGACGAUGAGACGCACUUCAAUAGCAGUCUGUCUGCGAUUUUGGUGCCACGCGUCGUCGGCAGUCGUGGACAUGAGCAGGUUCGCAAUUAUCUGGUCAACUCUCUCAAUGGCCUUGGCUUUCAAACGGAAGUCGAUGAGUUCAAGCAGCGUGUCCCAGUGUUGGGCGAGCUCACGUUCGCCAAUGUGAUUGGCUACAUCAAUCCGCAGGCGGAGAACUUUUUGGCCCUCGCCUGCCACUAUGACAGCAAGUACUUUCCAAAUGAUCCGGGUUUCGUCGGUGCCACCGAUUCAGCUGUUCCCUGUGCCAUUCUCUUGAAUACCGCGAAGACUCUCAACACUUAUCUGCUGCAGCAAUUCCGCAAUCGUCGCGAUCUUGGACUUAUGAUGAUCUUCUUUGACGGUGAGGAGGCUUUUAAGGACUGGACAAACAGCGACUCAGUUUAUGGUUCCAGACACUUAGCUAAGAAACUGGCGCGCAGUGGACAAGCUAAUCUGGGACAACGUUACAUCGAUCGGAUUGAAGUGCUUGUGUUGCUUGAUUUGAUUGGAGCCCGUAAUCCGAAAUUUUCUAGUUUUUAUGAGAACACACAUGGUCUGCACUCCAGUUUAGUGCAGAUUGAACAAUCACUGCGUUCUGCUGGUCAUCUGAAGGGCAAUAAUCGUAUGUUUUUGAAUCGGCCAGCUGGCGGUUUAGUCGACGACGAUCAUCGUCCAUUCCUGGAGGAGAAUGUGCCCAUUUUGCAUUUGAUUGCUACGCCUUUCCCAGAUGUUUGGCACACACCCAGAGAUAAUGCUGCAAAUCUGCAUUAUCCUUCGAUACGUUACUUUAAUCGCGUAUUUCGCAGCUUCGUCUACGAGUAUCUGAAGCGCCAUACGGCUCCAGUGGACUUGCGUUUCCAUCGUGGAUAG